AUGGCCUCCGACAACGGCAUCGUGGACGGCACACGUCGCAACCGCGACCAUGCCAGCCCCAGCCACGAGGAUGUCGAACAUCAGCCUCUACUCCUCACGCCAUCGACAGCCGCGGAGCAGUCACCGCCGCAGCCGUUCCCAGUCCGUCCAACGCGAUCAAACACGAUCAUACCGCGGUGCAUGAGCUAAUGUCGUACCUUGUUACUCUGCCCACAGCUGCGACAAGUGCUCAUCCUGUUUCUGAUGCGGUCAGUGAACCUCUGGCCUCUGCGGCUGCUCCCCCUCCACUUUCCGCUCGAUGGCACCAUACCGUGACGCGUGACGAAUCGAGGUGAUCGCCCGAGUUGGCGGCGCAUCCACUCAAACGGGCCAACAGUCAACCAUCGCCUCAGCCGCAUCUUUUUUCGAGGGAGAGUCUAUGCUGACCCUCCACAUCACAUCACAGCUUCUCCGAACCGGUCGCGUCCCUGGUCAUCUUCCCCUUCAUCUCAAAAUUCAUCGAGGAUCUCGGCCUCACCGACCGGCCCGAGCGAAUCGGUCCGUUUCUCCGAGAACGACUCGUGCGAGAUUUUUUGCACAUCUGACCCCCAUCGGAAUACACCUUCCGCACAGGCUACUACGCUGGCCUCAUCGUUCGUUCGUUCCGUCGCUACUCGCUCGUGGCCUCCACACUCACGUCAAACUCUUUCUGCCUAUCCGAUCCGACAGGAGUCACUUUUCGCGCUGACCAUGUUCAGCACCGUGCUUACCUGGGGCCGCCUCUCGGAUCGGAUAGGACGCAAGCCCGUCAUGCUCAUCGGUUUAUCGGGGUUAACGCUUUCCGUCGUCCUGUUCGGGAUUCAGAAGUCCUUCCUCGGUCUUGUCCUGUGUCGGAUGAUCGGCGGCGCCCUCAACGGCAACGUCGCCGUCAUCAAGAGCAUCGUCGCCGAGUUGACCGACGCGUCCAACCAAGCCCGCGCAUUCUCCUACCUUCCCUUGGCUUGGUCCAUGGGAAGCAUCAUAGCGUGAGUUGAGCGAAGUCCAUCGAGAGACACUGCCCUCGCAUGGACUGAUUACUCGGUUCUGUCGAGAGCAGGCCCAUCAUUGGGGGCUCCCUGGCUGAACCUGCAAGACAAUAUCCCAACACUUUCGGUCGAUAUCCCUUCUUUCACGAAAAUCCUUAUUUCUUGCCUUGCUUCGUCGCAGCACUGUUUCCAUUAUGUGGUAGGUUUCCAUCCGCUCCUUGCUGGGGGGAAGAAACAUCAUGUUCGAAGCCCGUCUGAACUCCCUUUCAUCCUUUCGCAGGCUUUCUUAUCGGUUUCUUCUUCCUCAAAGAGACCUUGCCCUCACGAACAACAACACCACCUAGGGCGCCUCUCCCAGCGCUAGCAGCGAUUCGAGGGUCAACCAAAUACGCCACCCGAGUUUCAUCGACGGUCCCUCUCCCACCGCACCUUCGUUCCGGCUACGACACCCCCGGAUCCGCUUCAAUCCAGUCCCAAGACGAAAACGAACCGCCCUCCAUCUCCACCCUCUUCACGAAUCGCCGCGUCCAGAAUUGUUUGGUCACAUACGCGCUCUUGGCGCUACAAACGAUUGCACUCGAUGCCUUGUUCGUGCUCUUCGCUUAUUCGCCCAUCAAGGUUGGCGGCUUGGCCUUUGACGAAGCCGAGAUUGGCAAGGCUUUGGGAUUAGGAGGCGUGUUCACCGUCCUCUUCCAACUCGUACUUUUCCCUUCCUUACAAAAGCGAUUCGGGACCGUCCGACUGUACCGCGUUUUCAUGGGUCUGUAUCCCUUCGUCUUUGGUUUAUUCCCCGUCAUGGCGACGGCUGCGAGUAGGAAGUACGACGGGAAAGGCAGGGGCGUUUGGCCGGCUUUGGCCUCGUUCCUCUUGCUCAAGUCCAUGUGAGUCCCUGAACCCUUUUCCCGAACCACUGUUUCCGAUCAGCAAAUUGACAGCUACUCUCCUUCUCUCAGCGCCAACUGUUCCUACGGCUGCAACAUGCUCGUCAUCACUUCCUCCGCCCCCUCCCGUCGUCUCCUCGGAACCCUCAACGGUUUAGCUCAAAUGCUCUCCUCCCUCAUGAGAGCGAUAGGACCGCUCGUCGCUUCCUCCCUCUUCGUCAUCAGUAAGGAGAAAAACAUCCUCGAUGGCCACUUGGUUUGGAUCGUUUGGGGUUGCGUGGCGGUGUUGGGUUUCUUGAGCACGUUGAGGUUAAGGGAGGAGAAGGCGGCUUGGAGGGUGUUGGAAGAACGGGGUUAA